GAGAGAGAGAGAGAGAGAGAGAGAGAGAGCAGGGAAGAGGGAGAAAAGGAAUGAGAAUUGUUCUUUAUAUGCCUAUUUAAGAAUUUUCAUUCCCAAUUCUAGCAACUUUUGCAGCCACAAGUAAACCUACUAUCUCCUCAAUUAAAACCUCUUUCCAUCUUCUUCUUUGCCUCCCCAGAAGGCAGAUAGAGAUUCUACCAUUUUUGUGAGAAGGAGGGGGCCUUCAACCCCUUCAGCACAAAAUUGGUAACAAGAAUUAUAAGAUCAUCAUUAACUACUUCUUCCCUACCAUAUUAGUAGAGAUGAUUAAGGAAAGAAGUUGUAGCACGGAGGAUUCCCGGACGACCCAAUUCGAGGAAAACGAUGAAGAUCAUCAUAAUCAUCAUCAUCUUCAUCAUGAAGCCAACAACAAAAGUAUAGAUGAUGAUGAUGAGGAGGAGGAGGAGGAAGACAACAACAACAGUAAACCUAAUAAUAAUAAUACUAAUGGAAGCAGCUCAAGCAACAGCACAGUGGAAGAGAAUCCAAAGAGCAAAUCCGGAGGUUCCGGAUCUGUUAGGCAAUACAUACGCUCUAAAACCCCAAGGCUGCGUUGGACGCCGGAACUUCAUCUUUGCUUUGUUCAUGCCGUUGAAAGAUUAGGAGGACAAGAUCUUGCGUUGUGUAAAUAUGGUCAUUGAUUUGCAGGAGCAACUCCAAAGUUGGUUCUUCAAUUAAUGAACAUUAAAGGUCUUAGCAUUGCUCAUGUCAAGAGCCAUCUUCAGAUGUACAGAAGCAAGAAGAUUGAUGACCCUAACCAAGUUUUAUCAGAACAAAGGCUUCUUGGUGAUGGUGGGGAUCACAAUAUUUAUAAUCUCAGCAAACUUCCGAUGCUUCAAGCUUUUGACCAGUUCUCUGGUUCCAGUUCUUUAAGAUAUGGUAACCCUUUAUGGGGUAGUCGUCAUCAGAGCCCUUAUGGUUUUGGAGGCGCACCAACAUCAAACUUCUCCAGACAUGGAUUCUUUCAUGAUCAUCAUCAACAUCAGAAGAUCUAUGGAAGCCAGCAUCUUAAUUAUGGGUCGGAUUUCCAUGUUUCUAGGCAACCCUCUUCAUCAUGGAGAAACAUCCUUGACAAUCAUAAUAAGAAUAUUCUUCCUAGGAAAGAGACGAUGAGUAGUCAUUUGUUUCCGACUAGCAGUCAAAGGAGGCUGAAUUGGCAAAGUCAAACCUCAAGAAGUUGUUCUUCCAAACCAAUUAGUCUCAUCACACAAAUGCAAGAACAACGAGGAGGGUUCAGAUCAUCAUCAGAAAAGGCUGUGAUGGUGGCCGUUCGAGAAGGAACGAAAAGGAAAGGCUGCCCUAAUAAUUCAUCAUCCGAUCAUCACCAUGAUGUUGAUCUUGACUUGAACUUGUCAUUGCCAACAAAAGCAUGUCAAAUGGAGGAGGAGAGGGCUUUCAAAAAGUCCAAGUUUGAUCAUGAAAUUGAUGAUACGUUAUCGCUUUCCUUGUUCUCUUCCUCAACCUCGGCAGCAACAAGCAAGAUAGAGGAGAUUCAUGAUCUUGGUAAUAAUAAUAAGAAUAAUAAUAGAUCGAAGCACGGAAGAUUAAUGGCGAGUACCCUUGAUCUGACUUUAUGAAUGAGACAACAAACUAGUAAGUGAAUUCAGAAGUGAGAUCCUGAUGAGGUACUUGUUCAUUUGUCAUUUGUCAAUACCAAUGUGCAGAUCUUUGUCUUGUAGUACUGGGUACAGUGUGAGAGAGUUUGCUUAAGGGUAAGGUCCAGAGAAAUUUUUAUUUUCUUUUUUCCCUGUGUUUUUGUCUGUAUCUCUGCAUAAAUACGACCAAAAAAACACUUAGCAUUGGGGGUUCUAAUCUGUGCAAAUUGAGAAGAGACAAAAAAAAAAAAAAUUAUAUUCUUAGUGUUUUAUGAUCAAUAAUUUAUUCAUUGGAUAACCAAAUUGUCAUAGAUUUAAUCGAAAUUGUAUACUUCAG